CUCCAACUCUUGGCUUGGAAAAAAGAAAGCUCUUGAACAUCAUGCAGAGAAAAAAAUCUUUCUUUUUUCUUUCUGUUUUAUGGGACAUGACAAUCGACUGAUGAAAGAACACCAAAAUAACACUUCUAAGCACCUAUAAAAUGAGAUAGAACAAAGAGUAGAGAGCAGCUGGUCCUCAAAUUGCUAACUACUCUACAAAAUGACCAUUUGUAAGCCAAUCUGGCUCAACUUCCCUCGAAGACUAAAAUUUGCGGUAUGAUAUUAUAUUUUUAUCAACUAUGCAAUGAAAUGAAUGUGUGCCCUAAAAUGAUUGCUUAACUGUUGGCAUUGAUGAAAUCUGUACUGGAUGCAUCUAAUAGAUUCCUCAAGUUUCAUUAAUAUAUCUUUUGCACAUGAGUAUCAAUUUAGAUUAUGUUUGAUCAACAAAACUGCUUACUGAAAUACAAGGAUAUGAAAAUUUCUUUCCAGAUUUACAUGGAUUAGAAAGAGCCUAGCUAGAUGGAGUAGUUUGUUGCUCGGACUCUCCAAAAAAGCUACCGCACCCAUGUUGGAGCCUAAAACAAAUACACUACUUUUGGAGGAUCUCACACAUCCGUUGACAUUUUUGAAGAGUCCGAGCAACAUAGGUCUACAAGGUUUUUACGUGAUAUGGAGCCACAAUCGAGUUGGACGGUCCCACUGAAACUGAUUGUACAGCAGAUGAGACGCCAAUGAUAAGCUGUAUAAAUGUCCAUGUUGUACUUGAUGGACGAAGAAAUCGUGCCAAAGCUUCGCCUGGUGAUUCUGACACAUCGCAGGAAAAAUUUUGUAGCAUUCUAAAAGAUGUAUUGAAGAAUCGUCCUAACGUGGAUAGGGUGAAACUUCAAAAAUCCGGUGGUGUUGUAUCAAGGAAUGCAAAAGUACGGCAGAAAGCAAGGGGCUACAGAAUACGGGAGUAUUUUUAUGGCCCUUCGAAUGACCUCUCACCACAUUCUAAUGUGGUGAGCUUCAGUGACUUGUUCAUUUACCGAAUUGGAGGUGGACCACAGGCUCCACGCUCAGCUUUACCUAUCGGUGCAGUGCCUGCAGCAGAUCCUACAAGAUUGGUUCCUGUUAAUGUCAUCCACGACUUGCUCCAUUUGGUUCUUGCCAUCUCAUAUGCCAAAGAACAAGAUGAAAUAAUUUCCAGUAAUGUUGCUGGAUUCAUCUAUGUAACCAAUGUAGGCAUGAACAGGAAAAAGAUAACAUACCUUGCACCAUGUGCUGGGAACUUCUGAGCAAAUACCUAAUUGUGGGAACCUUAACAUGGAUCGAAAACUGAAGUGUAUAAAUGCAGUAGCCAGUGGUUUUUCGGUCUUUGAGCUUUCUAUAGAGUGGGACAGCAUGGAGAUGCCCGCUAAGCUUUUGGUGUUGUAGAAAUGUAGUAGGCUUUUCUGCGAUGACCGUAAUACUACUGUAUCAUAGUGUGAAGCUUUAUGGAAAAUAAUCCGAUUGUACAAAUACCAAUAGCUCCUCAUCUUUUAUACUGCCAAAUGAUAAUUUCAAUGGUCUUUUGGCAUCAUUAAGGUUAUUAACUUAUUUGGAAGAAAACAUUUUGACAUCCCUGAGUUUCUUGAAAAAGCAUGAAUGCUAUUCUUCUAUUUCAACAAAUACUUCACAUCCUUCCUUGGCUGAAAAUGCUGUCUACACCCCCCCCUCCCCCAACCCCAAGCACUGUGACUUGUUGGAGCUGUCUUCCUGGGGCCUCAACGAUUUUGGUGGCGAUAAGCGUGAGCAUCGGAGCAUGUUGGACCAGCUCAAAAUUAAGAGGUUGUUAUGGAGAUAGGUGUCUGGUUUGUGAGUUCUGCUUGACAAAACUUAAUAAUCUUAGUUGCCAUAUGCUGCAAAAGCUCCUAGAUGUAGUAAUGAAAUUUGAUGCUGCAAAUGAAUUGGCAACUGAGAAACGGUGCAAAGGGAUGAAAUUUGUUAAUUUUUCUUUGAAAUUGAUCUUGUAUCUUGUUUGAUAGAUGAAAAGACAAAGCAAACUGUCCAGGAACAUAACAAGAUAUAUCACAUCUAAUU